AUGAACUCGGACGCGAGCGCGGGCUCGAGCUCGAGCUCCAGCUCCGACUCGGUGUUGAUCCGCGUCCCGCUGGACCAGAAGCGCCGCAAGAAACUGCGCGCGCAGCUGCAAGAAGACCAGCGCCGCCACCGCGAGCGGCAGUCGGUCCUCGCGGCUUCGUGCAGCCCCAACGAGGCGCCGCCGCAGUCGUUCGCAGCGGAUCUGCUCGAGGGCCACGACCGGAAUAAGAGUGAGCACAUUUGCGUCGUCUGCGAGCACGAAGGCGACGACCUCGUGGUGUGUCUCGGCCCCUGUAUCUCGGCCUUCCACGUCCGCUGUCUGCCGCCCGACAGCGGCGCCGCAGCGCACGACGGCGCCUGGCUCUGUCCCAGCUGCAAGACCAAGACCCACGCGUGCUUCCACUGCAAACAAGUGGGCGUGGAGAUGCUGGCGGACGACGCACGGGCCGCGACGCACUCGGAGUCGCUGAAGAGACCCGUCCGCAAGUGCCGCGCGCUCUCGUGCGGCAAGUUUUACCAUCAGGAGUGCAUCACGCAGUUCCCGCUGGCCCGAAUCGCGAUCAACACGCACUUUAUCUGUCCGCUGCACACGUGCGCGGGCUGCAACCAGUCGGGCGCGCAGCAAGAAGCAGUGCGGUGCAUGAGGUGUCCCGUGGCGUACCACGCGCGCUGCCUGCCACGGAACUGCGUGCGGCAGAUCUCGACCAAGUUGAUCAUCUGUCCGAAACACGCUGGGGCGGAGAAGGAGGCCAAGCGCGGCGACGCGAAUGGAGGACGAGAGAUCAAACAGGUGGUGGGAAAUGCCGCGUCGAACCACUUGCGUUACCUGCGAGCGCGGGAGGCGGAGGAAGCAGAUGAGGUCAUGUCGGAAACGUCGGCGAUCAGUGGUAGUAGUGCAAAGAGAAGCAAAGAGAAGAGGGAGAAGCGAGAAAAGCGCGACAAAAAGAAGCGAAAGAAGAAGAAAAAGAAGGACAAGCAAAAGGAGCGACGAGAGAGUGUUGGAGCGCAGAGCAAUGACGAACACCACCACAGAAAUGGAGAACGUGGUGGUAAAAAGCGGAAGCGGAGCAAGAGAGAAUCGCUGGAAGUGGACGGCAAGACAUUUAGUCAGCGUGUGGAAAAAGCCAGCCCUCCGGCUACGUCCAGCCGGCGCGCAGACCAUGCGACCGCCAGUCAUUCUGCAGAACCUACAGCCGCGUGGGCACUUCAUUCGCCAACAUCGUCGUUGGCGCUUUUCGAGAGUCCCGCGACGGUCAAUAGACGGAUACAAGAGCGCCUGGACGAGGCAUUGGGUCAGAGCGACGAUGACGACUCCGAUAUCUCGAUGUCCGACCCUUCGCCAAAGACGAAGCAUUCCGGCGAUGACUCGCUUGGUGUUGCUGACCCGGGUACGAGUGUAACGAUAAAAAAAGAGGAGCGCUCGGCUGGGGAAAGACCGUUGACGCUCGACCAAUUGGGCGUCACCGCAACGACAAAGUCAUCAGUCUCUUCUUCCCAGGCGUCUGUCGUUCCGCCGGGUGAAAGAGGCUCAUUCGUAGCCCAGCCAUCGACAGAAGAGGACGCAGCAGAUCCAAAGGGAAGCCAUGACAAGCAGUGGCAAACAAGCAGCAGUGAGGGUGCUACCACCGUCAGCACUAUCAAACGGGAGCAACUACAAUCAACCGAAGAUGCACUGAAGCUUGAGAGCCAGAAGUCACCAUUUGGCAGCGUACCCGUUCGACCAUCGUCAAGCGUAGCACCUGCAAGCCUGGUGCUCAAACAUGUACCUAGCGAAGAUGAGUACGAUGACGAUGAGGGUGGCGUUGGGUCCGCGACGCCACCUGCAAAUGCAACUCCAAGAACGAGCAGGGCAUAUGUUUAUGGAAAGAAGAAGAGGAAGAAUAAGGUAAAACGAGAAGCGCAACGCGUCGUGAAACCGGAAACUAGCGAAGAGGAGGAUGACGAAGGAAGUGAGGCAAAGUGGGUGCAGUGCGAUAGCUGCAAAAAGUGGCGGACAGUGCCGAGGAAUUUUGACCUGGAUGCGAUGCCAAAGCACUGGUAUUGCAACAUGAAUACGUGGGACGAACGAUUUGCGUCCUGUGUUGUUGCUGAGGAAGUAGUGAAGGUGGGCUCAUCUCCUCAAGCAGGUAAGAGACGGUAUCGACUGAAGAAUUCCAAGUCGACUGCCUCGAGUACGGGCGAUGUGGGUGGCUACUCUUCCUCCGGGUCAGGCCCGUACAAAAGAUCAGGAGGGUCUAUGAGGGGGUCUGCUGCUGCUGACGUGACCGUGCACGAAGAAAAAGACAAAAACGCGCGAUCGAAAAACAAGGACAAGACAACGAAAAAGCGUAAGAUCACGAAGCAACUCAAGGAGAAGUACCGCGAGGUCAAGUGGGUUCAAUGCGAGAGCACACAAUGUGGAAAGUGGCGCAUUGUCCCAGCGUCGAUCGAUUUUGAUCGGUUGCCAGCAGUCUGGUACUGUCAUCUGAACACAUGGGCCCCCGAGCUCGCCAAAUGCAGCGUUCCUAACCCUGCGGAGGUCAAUGUGUUUUUGCUGAAACAGGCUAAAAAAGAUGACCGCCCAUCCAAGAAAACAAAAGCGUCGAUAUCGGUAAGCGACCCUGUGCCACCAGUGCCUGUACCACCAAUGUCGGGCGGUGGCACCACGCCGAUACCUUUGGUCAAUGAUCUUGCGAAUGCCGGCAAGUCGAAUAUGACGAAGCAAAGUAAAGGCUUGAAGUCCACAGCGUCUUGGACAAGAAACAUUGCUUUACUUGAGGACAGUACCGCGGAAGAAACGUGCAACGGUAGUAACAACAACGUAGAAGGCGCUAUUGCAAGUCAUAUUGCCAAAGGACGAGGAGGGCGUGGGCACAACAACAGCGGCAAUGGCAACUCCACUGGUAUGAAGAAAACUGUGCUGGAGUGGGCGCAGUGCGAAAAGUGUAACAAAUGGCGCAAACUCCCGCAGCACAUCAAGUCAUCCACAUUGCCCGAUAAGUGGUACUGCUCAAUGAACCAUUGGGAUCCGACACAUGCGAAGUGCAAUGUACCAGAGGAAGCGGACCAGGAGCCCUUGUCUCUGCCCCCUCAUCCAGGCUCGCAGUGGCACAAGGGAGGACACAAGGGCCAGCGCUCUAGACGGGGCAAACUGAGCUACUCCGAGCUACUGUAUGGUAGCACGGGACAGCUGCGGAAGGCAUACACUAUGGAAUCUUCGACAUUGUCAUUUGAGUACGAAGGCAUGACGUACCACCGCGAUGGCCAGUACAAGCGCAGCAGCAUGUACGUGUCUCCAGCAACAAUGGCGGCGGCAGCAGCUACGAUGACAGGAUGGAGCGGCAGUGACCAGGUGAGUCGAGAGACUACUUGCAGCUAUGACGUGACACGAGGCAGCGGCUCAAGAAUGGACACGGUAGCAGCAGUGAUACCUCAGGAGGUGAGCGUCGACCACGUGGCUGCGUUAGUGCUUGAAAGCAUGGAUUUGCGUCGACGCCGCAGUAUCGCAGAGCUCUUCGACGCAGUCAACUCAGCCCAUGACAAGUCAAACAUCGCGCCAACUCGCCUCGCGUCGCUGGCAGUCGUCACCGCUGCUUUGGGUCAGCUGGAACACCGUGGCCUGGUCGAGAAAGUGACGGACUUGUCGUCAGAGAACGGCGAAGAGAACGAGCCGUCUCGAACGCGAGUGCGAGUUGAGAUGCACUUCAAUGGAGUAUUUCCUCCUCCCACUCACUACCGUAAGGUGCCUACGAGGCCCCUGAAAGCUUCCAAAUGCUGGAAGUUCGGUACGAACAUAAUGGCGAUCACGCCCGUGAAGGAAGCGUGA